UAAGGCUCCUUUUACAGCGCGCCUUCGUGUUUAACCAUUCUUGUGAAGAUGAAUUAAAUUUGCAUGUGAGUAAAAACUUAUCAUCAUAUGAAAGGAUGAGCACCAGGACUCGUUUUGAACAUGAGGGCAAGGGUAAUUCGGAAAUGUGCUAUUUGCAUUACAUGAAUGGUUUCCAUCUUCUCAGCAAACAAUGAUUUGUAAGGGCUGGAACUGAUGGAAAUCCCAAAUUCUGAAGACAGAAUGAGAAGCCAAGAAAGACUUGGAAAUAGGAAUGGAAAUACCAGCAUUAACAGUGAGGUGCAACAGAAUGAAAGUGACUCUGUGCAGUUUGAUGACAUUUUGAAUCAUAUUGGUGAAUUUGGGCCCUGGCAAAGAGCCAUUUACUUCCUUUCAUGUUUUUUUGUCCUCAUACCGAGUGGACUGCACACAGCUGGGGUGCCAUUUAUCACAGGAACACCAAAGUUUCAAUGUGCAACACCAAAAGUGGAGUGUGAAGUAAACAAAUGUUGCAAAAACUGUACAAAAUAUGCAUUUAUUGGACCUUAUGCCUACAACAGCACAGUUACUGAGUACAACCUUAUUUGGUAUAGAGCUUUCAUUGGUGCUAAUGUACAGGCAGCAUCUGGUGCAGGAAUGUUGGUUGGAUCAUUUAUCUUUGGAGCAGUCUCUGAUAACUUUGGAAGACGGUCUUGUAUGCUGUUGUGUUCUGUGCUAAUGACACUGUUCAGCCUGGGUGCCAGCUUUUCUAAAUCCUUGGUCCUUUUCCUUCGAUUUUGUACAGGAGCCUGUCUGACGGGUUUUUUCGUGGCUCAUUAUGUGUACAUCCUGGAGCUCGUUGGUCCAACCUUCCGCACCAUGUCUUCAAAGUGUUCAGGGUUCUUUUGGGCGGCCGGAUCUGGUGCUAUUGCUCUAAUGGCCUAUUAUAUCAGAGACUGGCGAACACUGCUCCUUGUGUCCAGCUGUCCUCCAGCUCUUUUCCUGCUUUUGUGGUUGUAAGUUUUCCAUGGAGUGUCGUAAAACCAAAAGCAAAGUUAUCCGGCACAACAACCAAUCAAUAUAAUGAAACAUGUGACAAGGCGCUAGAGUCGCUUAGGUUUACACAACUUUGCUCUAUGAUUGGUUAAGAAAAACACACGCCAUCCUCAUAACCAAUAAAGUGUAAAACUGAAAAGAAUCGCAAC